AUCUCUUUGGAAUAUCGACAGCAACACUCAAGGGCGUAUCACAACUCCUUCAUCAGUGAGGAUGUCGCGCUGGGUGCCCACGAAGAAGGAGAAGUAUGGAGUCGCAAUCUAUAACUACGAUGCUCGCAGUGAUGAAGAGCUUUCCUUACAGAUCGGAGACACCGUACACAUUCUGGAGACUUAUGAAGGAUGGUAUCGAGGGUAUCGGCUGAGGAGAAAAUCGAAGAAGGGUGUGUUUCCAGCUUGUUACAUACAUCUGAAGGAGGCCACGGUCGAAGGCAAUGGACAAAAGGAGACGGUCAUUCCUUUUGAGAUUCCGCUCAUUCAUGAGGUCACCACUACUUUGCGAGAAUGGGCGUCAAUAUGGAGGGACCUAUAUGUGGGCGACAAGCGAGAGAUGUUCAACACGGUCCGAGACAUGAUCUACGACUUGAUUGAAUGGCGUUCCCAGAUCCUGUCCGGCACGCUCCCGCAGGAUGAGAUGUCCGAGCUCAAACAGAAAGUCACCUCUAAGAUGGACUACGGGAACAAGUAUUUAGAUCUGGAUCUGGUGGUGAGAGAUAAAGACGGGAAUAUUCUGGAUCCUGACCUGACGAGCACCGUCGAUCUGUUCCGAGCGCAUGAAACCGCGUCCAAGCAGAUUGAUGCUCGCAUCCAAGAGGAGAGGUCUCAGAAGCAGAACAUGGAUUUGAGCCGGCAGGCCAAGUUUGCCUCCACACCCUCGUUCGCCCUGUUCGUCACACUCAAGAACGUCGUGUGCAAAAUCGGAGAAGAUGCAGAAGUGCUGAUGUCUCUAUACGACCCGAUUGAGUCCAAGUUUAUCAGUGAAAACUAUCUUGUGCGCUGGUCCAGUUCAGGUUUGGCCAAAGACAUUGAUCAGCUUCAUAACCUGCGUGCCGUAUUCACUGAUCUGGGGAGUGAAGACCUGAAGAGGGAGAAAAUCAGUUUUGUUUGUCAGAUCGUUCGAGUGGGCCGGAUGGAGCUAAGAGAUAACAACACUAAGAAAUUAACGUCCGGCCUCCGCAGACCCUUCGGUGUGGCAGUAAUGGACGUCACAGACAUCAUCACGGGCAAGAUGGACGACGAGGACAAGCAGCACUUCAUUCCCUUCCAGCCGCUAGCGUUGGAUGACGCCAUUCGCCACAGGCAGCUGAACAUCUCCCGUUUUUCACCCAGGGUGGCGGGCGAGAACGACUUCCUCCAGACCGUCAUCAACAAGGUCAUCGCCGCCAAAGAGGUCAAUCACAAAGGUCAAGGUUUGUGGGUUACACUGAAGUUGCUUCCAGGUGAUAUUCAUCAGAUCCGUAAAGAUUUCCCUCACCUGGUGGACCGCUCCACCGCUGUCGCCCGCAAAAUGGGUUUCCCAGAAAUCAUCAUGCCAGGUGAUGUUCGGAAUGACAUUUACGUGACGCUGGUUCAGGGCGAUUUUGAUAAAGGAAGUAAGACGACACCUAAAAACGUGGAGGUCACCAUGUCUGUACAUGAUGAAGAUGGAAAGAAACUGGAGAACGUGAUAUUUCCUGGAGCUGGUGAUGAAGGUAUUCUGGAGUACAAAUCAGUCAUUUACUACCAGGUCAAACAGCCUCGCUGGUUUGAAACCAUCAAGGUUGCGAUCCCGAUUGAAGACGUCAACAGGAGUCACCUGCGGUUCACCUUCAAGCACCGAUCGUCUCAGGACUGCAAGGAUAAAUCCGAGAAGAACUUUGCUCUGUCAUUUGUGAAGCUGAUGAGGUACGACGGCACGACGCUGAGGGACGGAGAACAUGAUCUCAUCGUCUAUAAGGCCGAAGCCAAGAAACUGGAGGACUCCAACAUGUACCUGAGCUUGGCCUCCACCAAACCUGAGAUGGAGGAAAGAAAUCCGUCGUCUGGGAAGAACACGCAGAAUCUCGGCAGCUUCUCCAUCAGUAAAGACUCGUUUCAGAUCUUGACGCUUGUUUGCUCCACCAAACUCACGCAGAACGUUGAUCUCCUGGGGCUGCUGAAGUGGAGAUCCAACACCAGUUUGCUCCAGCAGAACCUCCGUCACCUGAUGAAAGUGGAGGGAGGUGAGGUGGUCAAGUUUCUGCAGGACACUUUGGAUGCCCUCUUCAACAUUAUGAUGGAGAACUCGGACAGUGAGACCUUUGAUACUCUAGUGUUUGAUGCUCUGGUGUUCAUAAUCGGACUGAUCGCAGACAGGAAGUUCCAUCAUUUCAAUCCGGUUCUGGAGACUUACAUCCGCAAGCACUUCAGUGCCACCCUGGCCUACACAAAGCUGACAAAAGUCCUGAAGAACUACGUGGAUAACGCCGAGAAGCUGACGGAGCAGCUGCUGAAAGCUCUGAAGGCUUUGGAGUACAUCUUCAAGUUCAUCGUGAGAUCCCGCGUUCUCUUCAACCAGCUCUACGAGAACAAAGGCGAGAGUGAUUUCAUGGAGUCCCUGAGGAAUCUCUUUGCCUCGUUUAACGGCAUGAUGAACAGCAGUGCUGAAGGAAGCGGCGGGGUGAAGGGUGCUGCACUGAAAUACGUCCCGACUAUCGUCAAUGAUCUGAAACUGGUCUUUGAUCCCAAGGAGCUCAGUAAGCUGUUCAGUGAGUUUAUUCUCAAAGUUCCUCUGGGGCGUCUGGUGAAGCAGAAGUUGAACUGCAUGAUUGAUGUCGUCCACAGCGACCUGUUUACUCAGCAUGACUGCAGAGAGAUCCUGUUACCUUUGAUGACGGAGCAGCUCAAACUUCACCUGGAGAAUCAUGAGGAGCUGGACUCCUGCUGUCAGCUGCUCAGCAACAUCCUGGAGGUGCUUUACAGGAAGGAUGUGGGCCCGACGCAGUGGCACGUUCAGAUCAUAAUGGAGAAGCUGCUGCGGACGGUAAACAGGACUGUGAUCUCCAUGGGCCGAGAUUGUCCUCUCAUAGGCAGUUUUGUGGCGUGUAUGACCGGCACUCUACGGCAGAUGGACGACUAUCACUACACCCACCUCAUCAGCACCUUUGGGAAGAUGCGCACAGACGUGGUGGAUUUCCUCAUGGAGACGUUUAUCAUGUUUAAGGAUCUCAUUGGGAAGAACGUGUAUCCUGCCGACUGGGUCAUAAUGAACAUGAUGCAGAACAAAGUCUUCCUGCGAGCCAUCAAUCAGUACGCCGCCGUACUCAGCAAGAAGUUUCUUGAUCAAACCAACUUUGAGCUGCAGCUGUGGAAUAACUACUUCCACCUCGCUGUGGCGUUCCUUACCCAGGAGUCUUUGCAGCUGGAGAACUUUUCGAGUGACAAACGGGCCAAGAUCUUCCAAAAAUAUCAAGACAUGAGGCGACAGAUUGGCUUCGAGAUCCGAGACAUGUGGUACAACCUGGGUCCACACAAAAUCAAGUUUAUCCCGGAGAUGGUGGGUCCGAUUCUGGAGAUGACGCUGGUUCCUGAGAUCGAGCUGCGUAAAGCCACCAUUCCCAUCUUCUUUGACAUGAUGCAGUGCGAGUUUCACUUCAGACGCUGCUUCCAGACGGUCAGUUCUCACAGACAUCACUAGCUGUGUGAUU